GGUCCGAUCUAAUCCCGCCUUUAUGUGCUCGCACACGCGCACACCAAAACAAGCCCCUCUUCCUGCGUCUGCGCGACGGAUGUAGCUUCCUGCCGUCCUGAUGUUUGCUGACGGCCGUGUUUGGCGUUUGGACGACCCAACUGUCGCCUGGAGUCGUUUGUCGUCCUUUCCCGGCACCCAGCACGACCUCUUGUUGUGUGACUGGCGAGCCGGGAAGUAAACACGGCGGCCUGUGUCCAUGACAGGCAGCGAAGACGAAUCGCUACCUCGUCAUCAUCAUCGUUGAUUUCUCAAUCGGGUCCUCAUGGCGUCUGUUUCGAAGGUGUCUAUUUUGGAUUACUUUAAUAUAGUGUUUGAGGGCGAAAAUGGCAAAAUCGAGUCCAACUGUAAAGCGUGUGGCACAAGAAUCCAGGCGAAGCGCAGCGUCACGUCCAACUUCGUAACGCAUCUUAAGCGCAAGCAUCAGGCCAUGUAUGAAGACUUUGUGAAAAGGAAAGACAUGAAGCGAGAAGGUUACUCCUCUGGUCACAUCCACUCCGUGACGGCCCAUGGCGGGAACGCCCGCUGCUGCAUCAACAUGGGGGCAGCAGUGGGAGGAGGAGGUGCAGCUGGUGGGACGACAGCCCUGGAAGCAGGAGGAGCGAACAGGUUCCAAAAGAAUGACCCACGUCAGGUUUUAAUCAGUGAGGCCAUCACUAAGAUGAUCGUUAAUGAUCUGCAGCCAGCUUCCAUGGUGGAAAAUCCUGGCUUCAGAGCACUGCUUCAGCUCCUGGAGCCCCGUUACACCCCAGACCCCAAGCACUACAUCCAGAGCCAACUCCUCCCAGCCUAUGCCUACCAGGCCCAGGUGGCCAUCCGUCAAGCUCUGGCCUCAGCGCAUGCCCUCAGUCUCAGCUUGGACGUCUGGAGGGCCUCAUCUAGAGGUUACGUUGGUGUCACCUGCCAUUUUCUGUCAUCGGAGUGGCAGAUGCGGUCAGCUCUCCUGGCUUGUCUUCCUCUCACUGGGGAUCGCAUUCUCUCAGAUUUUGAGGAAGUGUGUCACUCACAUGGGUUGGCCGGAAGAGCCUUUCGUGUGGUUGCAGAUCCGCUCCUGACUACAACCACAGUGAAGCCAUGCUGUCUUCCUGGUUUUUGCCAAGAUGGGGAUGAAGAUGAUGAUACAGAAAAUGGGAACAAUGCAAAAGGAGAAAUUGGGAAUGGCCAUGGUGGAGAAGCAGGAUGGGAGGACUCAUGGGAGCAGUGUCUUGGUGUUUGUCGUGUGGACUGCUUCUCUCGCUCUCUGGGACACUGCGUCACAGAAGGGUUACGCUCAUGUCCGCAGCUUGAUUCUGCACUGACCAAAGCUUGCCACUUCUACAGCUACAUCACAACUUUUGUUCCAUCAGAGAAACUGAGCCAGGUGUUUGAUGGACCUGGGAUUAUGAUAGGAGUCCAAGGAAGUGUUUCUCCACCAGGGCGAGACUGGGCUACUCAGCUUAAGGUGCUUCGACGGCUGUUAGAGUCCGUGGAGGUCUUGGAGGAGAUGAGUGCUCCAGGGGAAAUGGGGCUGUGCGUUUCAGAAAGGGCCCUACUGAAAGAGCUCACUGACACGUUGGAGCCGUUCAUCGAGGCCUGGGACAUUGUGUCUGGAGAGCGACAGGCGGAUAUGAACACUGAUAGACAUGUGUACAUCAGUCUGGCUCUUCCAUGUGUCUUAGGCUUGCGCAAACAUCUCUCGGAGACGUCAACUCCUUGUUGCCCUUCUCUCUUGGCAAGCUUAAGCCAAGCUGCAGAGCGCCGUCUCGCUCCUAUCCUGGAGGAUCCCCUCUACAUCACAGCUACCACUCUCGACCCCCAGUUCAAGCUCACAUGGAGCAAUAACCCUGAAUGGCACAGACAACUUCUUCUAGAAGAAUUAUCCAAACAUUCUGCAGUCUCAGAGCAACAUCCUCAUUCCUACACGUCUCCAGCACAGGCGCCAUUGCCUGUUUCGCCUUUGGCUCGCCCCUGCAAGCUGUUCUCUUUCAUCAAGCAGAGGCCCAUUAGUCAGGCCAAGAGCCUUGAGCAGGAGCUCGCCAUCUACCUGCGAGAGGAACCUACGGACGAAGAGGCUCUGCAUUACUGGCAGCGUAAAACAAUUGACUUCCCGCUCCUCUCCCAGGUGGCCAAGAGGGCGUUUACCGUACCUGCUUGUGGCACGGCGGUGGAAAGCAUAUUCAGCCAGGCCGAGAACUGUCUGCGGCCCGAAAGAGGCUGCGUCUUACCACAGAACUUAGAGACACUCAUAUACCUCAAAGCCAACUCCAGAUUGGUAUGGACAUAGUCUAUUUCUGACACACUAAACAACACAGACAAUUGUGAUGGGAUUAACUCCAAAGCCUCUUUCAUGUUCCUGAGGCGUUGUUUUAAUUUAUGAACACUAUCCCCUAAGACUUUCAGGAACAAACCAAGGAUAACAUUACCAGUAACAGUUGCAAAAUAAAUCAUGUGACAUUUUUUAAAUGGCUAAGCAAACGGAAGUGCAUCUCCAGCUAAGUUAGCUUUUAAGUUGCAUUUUACUCAUUAUUUCACAUUAGUGAGCAAUGUACUUCAAUCCCUAAACAAAACCUUCUUGGCCAAUUUCCAUACUACAUGGUGGAGGAGUAGGGCAUAAGCCAGAGAGGUUUUUAAAAUUUGAGGAUUUCAAUAAGAAUGCAGAAAACACUUUCUCUUUGAAUAAUGCAUCAACUAGAAUGAUUAUAAGAUACAGUACAGUAUGCAGAGGAUGGCUACCUUCAAAAGGUGAAUUAUUGGUGCUUGUUUUUUGGUUUGAAAUUUAUUUUUGAUUCAACAUGUCUUCUUCCAAUGCUUGAAUUCAUUAGAAUGAAUUCCGCAGAUAUUGUUUUUGAAUAGAUGCUGAUGAAUAACAGCAGUUGUGCCCUGAAAUGGUAUCUGCAAGAGCUUGCUACAAUACUCAAUACUGUAGAUCCAUCUAUCCAUUUUCUAUUACUUGUCCCUCUCCGGUCACGGGAGUGCUGGAGCCCAUCCCAGCUGCAUUCGGGCGGAAGGCGGGAUGCAAGUCUGACACAGAUAGACAGAUAACAUUCACACACUAGGGCCAAGUUAGGGUUGCCAAUCAACCUAUCCUCAGGUGCAUGUCUUUGGAGGAGGGUGAACCCACACAGUCAUGAAAAGAACAUGCAAGCUCCACACAGAAAGACCCCAAGCAAAAUAUUUAGAGAAAAAUCCAUCCAUUUCUACCGCUUAUUCCCUUUUUUUGGGGUCGUGGUGGGCGCUGGCGCCUAUCUCAGCUACAAUCAGGCGGAAGGCGGUGUACACCCUGGACAAGUCACCACCUCAUCGCAGGGCCAACACAGAUAGACAGACAACAUUCACAUGAAAAAUCAAAGGUCUAAAUUCAGUUUACCUGGGGAUCGCUUUACUAAGAGUCAGGGUAAGGUUGCACUCACAAAGUAUUCACUUCAGAUAAUCCGAAUCAUGUUUUAACCACAUGACUACAUUUGUUAACCAACUCUACCAACAGUCAUAGUGAUCCUGAGCCGUAUUGGUGUUCUUUCUUGUGGGACUCCAGCAGUUUUGGGCAGUAGGUUACGAGUUUAACUACAUUGUUAUUUUUACAUCACCACAGAAGCUACAUUUUCUCAGGCAUUUCUAAAGCGUCAACGCAUCUCUCCCGGACAAUGUCACUUACCUAUCUACCCGUCGAUCACAGUCAAGACACUAGUAAGUACACAAAAAUGGCUGCAAUCCAAAUUGCUGUAUCUAAUACAAGUUCACGUAUCGAGACGCUAUUGUCGAUGUCCAAGAUAGAUUUAGGAACACAUUCUGGUAUUUCCCUAAAUUAACACAAUAAAUGCCAGCUGAGCUACAAUAAUCUUUGCGAUCGAGUCACUCAAAAAACCGACAGCAUUUGCACGAGCUAGCGACAUGUCAUUUGGCAGUAACAUAUUACCAUUACUUGUGUUACAUUGGUCACUUUAUUCAGACCACAACAAUGAGAUAAAUAAAAAAUAAUUACAACUUGACUGAAUUACACUGACCAAUCUGACUAACUCAAACCAAAAAAAUAAAUAUAUGUCAAUUUAAUAAAGAAAGAUACCCACAUCUGCAACUAUAAUAUAUUGUUUCUAAUGAGACAGGGAUUCACUGACCAUUAGUGAGAGACCAAGAAAUACUCAUAUUUAGUGCACAUGUUAACAAAAUAUUUUAGUCUUGAUUUAUACCUGUAUGACUAAAGUGAUAAGAUUGGGUAAUGAAGAGAACAUCAGUUGUAUUGCAGAUUAAUUGAUCAUGUAUCGAUUACUUGGAUUGAAGUUUGUUUUUUUAAAGGGCGGUGAGUUUGGGCUCUGUGAUACAAAAAUGCUCUGAUGUUUGCAUUUCACUGGAGCUUACUUUUCUUCAAAAACAGACAGAACUUAAAGGUGCCAUAUGUAAUAAUGCCAUGUCAAGUAAUUAUUAAAUGGCCCUUAUAUUUCAAAAGGCAUUAAUAAAUCAUGUUCUUUUUGAAUACCUUUAUAACUGAUAAUGGUAGUUCCGCCGGGAUAUAUGCUCCUUAGAUUUACAACCUCGAAAUACUGUUAUUGCUUUCAUUUCAUGCUCCGCCCUCCAACGUUUGACCAAUUAAAAAGUCUAUGAGUGUGUCACAUCCAGGUUGCCAGCGACGCACUGCCCUCUUUCUUGAGCUACUGCCACUGGUAAAGUUACUAAACAUGUCAGACCUUAAUAAAUCUAAAAGACGUCGUUACGAUUCUCAACAUAUUCAUGACAAAGCCAGGAACAAAACAAGGAUUUGUAUCAGGGAUUCCUUUGAAAGAUGGAGACGAUUUAAGGUGGAGAAAAUGUUUUAAUUUGACGCCAAAUUUGCUAAUUUCCUCCUUGAUUUAGUAUGUAAGUCUAUGUAUGCUCUUGUGUAGCAAAGCUAGUAUGUUCGUGCAACGAAUGCUUAGGAGCGAAGCACCAUCACACUAGUGUAAAGCUUACUUAGCAUACUAGCGCGGUCAAUGACACAUCAACAUACAGGCUAACGGGGGAAAUAUACCUGUAUGCCCGUUAGCCUGUAUGUCGAUAUGUAUUCCAACGGACAAGGCAACAUAUAUUUUUGACAAAUAAAACGUAUGUGUAUA